CUCAAGGCUCAGGUUAUUCAUGGCGUCCAGCGCUGCAAGGCGUUCACUGUACAGCUACGACUGUGCUGAAGUCCUCGACUGAUAUGUCUGGUAUGAACGCCUACAGAGAUCUCGACACCUCGCAAUGGCUUGCGCUGUCGAUCUUCGCGUCGUAUUUCGCGCUCAUCCUGGGCUUGUUUUAUGUGAUCUUUGCUCGUAGCAUUCGGUGGGAUUCUCUUGGUUCGAAAGGGUGGGUGUUCUUAGGAUUGACUGGUGCAUCGUUUGCACAUACGUGGUUUUAUAUGUUCCGAUUCAUGCAAUGGAGCUUCUAUAACCACGAGUCCUUAAUUGUAGCCAGCCAAGGACCCCUUCUGACCCGGUUCGCCAACUGGCUCGUGAACACGGCGCUAUUCGAGCAAGCCUGGGGAGCAGUCUGCUUCGGACCCUUCAAUUGGUGGUGGAGCGAGCAGCUAUGCUUAUUCACAGCUGGCGCAUGGACAGUCUUUAUUGCCAUCGAAGGGAGGCGGCACGGAAUCAGGCAUUUGUGGGCAUACAUGCUCCUCGGGCAGGUAGUCGCGAUAUCUGUCGCAUCCAACCUAUUCUACCUCGCUCUCAUCACCUCCGCCCCGUCGAAAGCAAAGCCCAACGUGUGCCGUCUGUCUCCGAUGAUAUGGGGCAGCGUGCUCCUAUCCAUGAUCACCGUGGGCCUGAGCCCGUUCACCUCCGACGAAACCUUCCUCCCCAACCUCCUCGUCAUGCAUGCGCUGCUGCUCGCCGCCGUCCUCCCUCGGCGCCCGCAGGAGCCAAAGGCCCUCGCGAUGCGCCCCCUGGUGCUCUACGCUCUCAUCGCAGUCCUAUCCAUGGUCCUACGGCUUCGCACCACCGUCGCCGCUUACCUGACCCUGCCCCCUACGACGCGCACCCCGCGCAGCUUUGCCCUGUGCGCGUGGGAGACGCUGCACUCGCACCCCGCGCAGGCGUCUAUCGGGUGGGACGUCGUCUGGACCAGCUUCUCGUUCCUGAUUUGGUACUUCACCUCUAUGGCCAGCGAGCAGGACCGCUCGUUUGUGGAUAUAUUCAACGCUGUGCUGCAGACUGCGGUCCUGUCCGCCGGCGUCAUGGCGCCGUCGCUGUUCGGUCGGCACGUGGGCAUCAAGGAGGGCGCGAAGAAGCGCGAAUAAUUCGGUUUGAUGAAAGACAGGUGAUUCAUGCGCUAGACUGCUCGACAUCUGUGCCACGAUCUGUCAUCGUAAUAUACUGCAGGACUUUCGGCUUUCUACAAGAUUCCAGCUUGUAAUGUAUGUAUCUAGAUGUAUGAAGGAGACUUAUACCACGCAUGCAGGCCGCCUUUCUCGCAGAGACUGCCCGCCCCAUCCAG